AUGGCUGCCACCCACUCGGAGAUGCCUCAAAGCACUCCCACACACAAGCCUGCGCAACGCAGACCUAGGUACUACAGCCACUGCUCUUCCCUUUUGAACUCGUCGCUGACUUUGAGCAGGAGCAAGACACCGUUCACUCCCCUGGCUCUCCGCCUGUCAGCCCUCCACUUGGACGGCAAACAGGAGACGCCGCUACCACCACCACCACUAAAGAGGUCUGGCUUCCAAGCACCUCGACCAUCACUUCCGUUCAAUGAGGACGUCGAAGAUGACCCGUUCAUGCUAUUUCCUGAAUGGCAACACCCAUUCUCACCCCUGAAGAACGAUUCAGCGCGGUAUAUAGCAGAACAGGCUGCCGUCGAGCGAAGUCAACAGCUCCGGCUCAAAGCCCGCCGCGGAUCCAUGACGGUUGAUAACAUCAAACGCAUGGUUCUCUGGCACCAUCAGCUUGCCUGUAGUCGAACAACCACGACACCACAGGCAGCCAAGCGCGGUGUGGCCGAUGACUACUACGUCGGCUCGCCAAUGGACAUUGAUACUGUCCUAUAA